CGGGCCGCGGGUGAAGAGGGAGGGAAGGAAGGAAGGAAGGAGCAGCGCGGGCGGCAGCGCUCCAUGGCCGGCGGGUCGGGGUGAGGCCAGGCCAGGCGGGCAUGGCGGGCGUCAGCUACUCGCCGCCCUGGUGGGUGAGCCUGCUGCACCGCCUGCCGCACCUCAGCCUGCGCUGGGAGCUCACCGCCGCUGAUUUCCGACCGCACGACCCCGAGUAUCAGCAGGCCCUGUUGCUGUUGGGUGGCAUCGCUCUCUCCUGCCUUGCUCUGGACCUGCUCUUCCUCUUGUUCUACUCCUUCUGGCUGUGUUGCCGCCACCGGAAGAGCGAAGAGCAUCUCAACGCUGACUGCUGCUGCACAGCGUGGUGUGUCAUCAUCGCUACCCUGGUCUGCAGUGCUGGGAUUGCUGUUGGCUUCUAUGGGAAUGGAGAGACAAGUGAUGGCAUUCACCGGCUGACCUACUCCCUGCGCCACGCCAACCGCACCGUGGCGGGCGUCCAGGACCGGGUACUAGACACUGCAGUGGCCCUGAACCAAACAGUGGAGCCAAACUUGCUGGUCCUGGAGGAGCUGUUCACAAAGCAGACAGACUACCUGCACGUCAUCCAGAAACUGCAAAGUCUCCUGGAUGGUCUGGUCAGGCAAACAACUGAGAUCCCCUUUUGGAAGAAUGAAGAGCUGUCUCUGGAGGAGCUGGCAAUUCAGAUUGACCUCUAUGACUGGUACAGAUGGCUGGGAUAUCUGGGUCUACUCCUGUUCAAUGUCCUCAUCUGUUUGCUGGUGCUCUUUGGGCUCAUUAGAAACUCCAGGGCCAUUCUCAUGGGGGUGUGCUUGCUUGGGGUGUUUGCCCUGAUUGUCAGCUGGGGAUCCCUGGGUCUGGAGUUGGCUGUUGCUGUGGGCUCCAGUGACUUCUGUAUUAACCCUGAUGCUUAUGUCUCCAAAGUGGUUGAAGAGAAUGCAGUGCUUAGUGCUGAUACUCUCCACUACUAUAUGACCUGCAGUGCUGGAUCCCCCAACCCGUUCCAGCAGAAGCUGUCAGGAAGUCACAAGGCUCUGGUGGAAAUGCAGGAUGAUGUUAUGGAACUCAUGAGGUCAGCAAGCAGAGAGCAACCCACCUCCAAGGAAUAUCUUACUCGGAUCCAAGAGGUUUUGAAUGCAACUGAGAUCAACCUGCAGCAACUGACAGCUUUAGUAGACUGUCGAAGUCUGCAUUUGGAUUACGUCCAGGCCUUGACGGGCUUUUGCUAUGAUGGAGUGGAAGGCCUCAUCUACCUGGUUCUCUUCUCCUUUGUCACAGCCCUCAUGUUCAGUUCCAUUGUGUGCAGCGUCCCACACACUUGGCAGCAGAAGAGAAGCUCAGAUGAUGAUGGGGAAGAAGAAUCAGCUGCUCAAGGGAGUAGACAAACACACGAUAAUCUUUACAGAGUGCACAUGCCCAGCCUCUAUAGCUGUGGGAGUAGUUAUGGCAGUGAGACCAGCAUUCCAGCAGCAGCACACACAGUCAGCAAUGCUCCCGUCACGGAGUACAUGAGCCAGAAUGCAAAUUUCCAGAACCCCCGUUGCGAGAAUACCCCGCUCAUUGGCCGGGAGUCCCCACCUCCCUCAUACACCUCCAGCAUGAGAGCCAAAUACCUCGCCACCAACCAACCUCGUCCAGAUGCUGGCAGUGUGCAUUAAAAUGCAAAAACAAAAGCAAAAAAACAAAACCCACACGUGCAGUCAGACUAAACAACGUGCCAACUGCUGUGCCCCUGUGCUGUUCCCAUAGAUCAAUCCUGCUGUUCUGCCCAAAAUUCAGUGCAGCUCCUUCUGUUUCUCCAGUCCAGACCACCCCUCCAACCCGGUACCUGCCAACUGGAGUGGAAGCCUCAUUGGAAUUUAAGCCUUCACCUUGGUGUAUCUGAUGUGUGAGAGAGAGCAAGCACCUGCAGGCAAGCAACUGAGAGCACCCAAAAGCUGGGUUCACCUGCCUGGGGAUCAACUUAUUAAGAGUAGCCCAUCAGAAAAAAAACGGGGAAUAUCUUCUGCUCCCUUUUUUCCCCCUUCAGUUCUCCAGAAGGGACACAGUGAAAGAUGGUGGUAGAUCUUCACUUCUGCAGUGGGAUCAGCAGGCUGUCAAACACUGAAGAAGCAGAGGCUCAGUACCUGUGACUAGUGUACAAUGAGGGGAUGCAGAGCCAAUGCACGAUGCAGGAUGGUGGGAGUCCUCUGGUCCAUUGCCCAGAAUGAGGGAGGAGGAGGAAGACUCCUGCUUCAUGGUGUCACUGCCUAUCCAUUGUAAUUUGGGAGCGUGGGGCUCUUCUAGACCCAACCAUUCCACUUACCCAGGUUAACUUUAAAAAAAAAAAUCCAUUAAGAAAAUGCCAUUUUCUUUCCCACUGUAUCUAGCAGAUGAACCCUCAAGGAGGAGCAGAGGGCUCCCAGCACCACUCAACUACCCUGUCCCCUUUGCUCUGAACCUGACCUCUCUGUUCCACCAGGGAAGCCCAGGUGACACUUGCAGAUGACAAUCUGGGUGCUGCCUUUACCAGGCUGACACGCAGAUCAAACAGGAGCCAGCCACCCACUUGGUGCCAAAUUUUUCCAGGAAAAGACUUUAUUGGGGUGGGGGUGGGGGGGUAUUUUUGCACUAAAGAGUUUCAGCUCUCUGAUGCUACAUCUUAUGGGACAGUCAGCUUGCAGAUGCAAGAGGCUGGAAGCACCAGUGGAUUUAUAACAAAUGCAAGCUUUCCCCACAGGAGUGACCUGUGAACUCUGCUGGACUUUUUCUUUUCUUUCCUUUUUAAAAAAUUGUAAUUUACAGCACAGGGUUGCUGAACUGGCAUUAGAGGAAGUUUUGGGAACCUCAGUCCUAACAAAUUCACAAGAUCAUCAGUAGAUCUUCUUCUGUGUUCCAGAAUCAGAAACCCAAAUGACAUCUGGAGAACAUUGUGACUGUCAGAAAAGGUUUUAAUUUUAUUCUCUUUUUAUUUCUUCUUUUUUUUUUUUUUUUUUCCAAGGCAUGUUGCUAACCACUAUCUGUCCAUAUUGAGGCACAUGUGGGUGUUUUUAUGGACACAAGGCAGAACAAGGCUUGCAAAGGGGCAGCUGGGUGCCUGCAGAGGGCAACAUCCUCCAUUGGUGCUGUACUUUCCACUGAAGAGCAGUGCUCCAAAGGGCACUGACAGCUUCCUACUGGAAGAGGACACUGCCUCUUGGGAGUUAUUGUCAAGUACUGCCCUUUCAGUAGGGUAACUCUGAUGUUCCCUUUUGUCUUUUUACCUCUAAGCAGGGGCAUCUUAGUGUAGCUACUGGGCAUUAUAUUAAAUAACUGGCCAAGUAAAUAGAGUGGGAAACAUCUCAAACUGGAGUGGAGCCAUUGGCAGAGGCAGUUAGUCUUCACCUCAGUGAUAUUCAGACUCAGUGUCUGUUUACUCCACGUUGGCUGUAUGGGGCACAGAAUCUACCAAUCUGCCUUUCCUCAAGUCAGUUGCCUUCUUGCAGUAAGGUAGGAAUUACUCCUAGCAGGUAGCUAACUAGGAUGAUGGUAUCUGCUGUAAAAUGGUACCAGCUCUGUGGAAGAGCAAGCUUUGAGUCUCUUCUUAAGAAGAUAGAAACCACUAAUAGACUGCAGAAGCUGUAGGCCAGCUAUUACUGUUCAAAGGAAUGAGGGAGACAGGGAGGAGUCACCACCAUGCAGACAGGAAGAGAAGGUUUUGGAGAAAACUUUCACACUUCACCGUGAAUCUCUGGGAGCAGGAUUUUCUUGCUCAGGACUGAGUGUGCCCUUUCAGACACGUUUGAUGGGCUUCACACUGAAACAUACCUCCGUGUUCUCAAAUAACAAGGGCAGGGACAUGUGGUCACAGGUGGUAUGGAGGGACACUGUGGCUCAUAAGCACCAGGUUUUCCACCCUGUCUUAAAGCCUACCAGAAGACUCAGAUGUCCAAGCAUGUGGCAAGGGUAGCUUGCAGGGCCCAAAGCACUCAACUGCUAUCUGAGGGGAGUUCAACCUUCCCCUUGCUUCAAAGAAGCAAGAGCCAUACAAUUCCUGUUAAGACUGAGUUGUUCUGCCAUGAUCUCUCCUUGCAAGGAUGUGCUUGGAUUGCUACUUACACCAUCGAUUUUAGGGCAGCUGCCCUAAAAUCUGUGGCCUGGUCCUACUCAUUGAAGGCAAGUGUUGUGAAGGCUGGACAGUGUGGGGGACCUUGUGAGAACAAGUGCUUCUGUAUAUGGCUUCUCUGUGUACAGAAUGCACCUUCAACACGUGUGACUGCACUUUGGGUUGGAUCUGAAGUGCCACAGUGGUAAUGUCUGUACCAGCAGGGAUCACGGGGGAGCCAGCCUAUGCCUUUUUGUUUGCAGCAUCUAAUGGAGCAGCCACCUUGACCUGCUUCCUUCCAAGGUCUGGCAUAGCCACCCAUAACACCCAGAAUAACUUCUGACAAUGUCUGGGGCUUGCAGCAAGGCACAGAUGUGGAGAUACGUGCUCUGUGACUUCAAAAAUACAACUGGAAAGAACGUUACAGAGCUAACAUUUUGCUCUCUGGAGGCCAGCAGAAUGUGACUGCAGUGUGAGCUGUGUACCUGUGUCCAGCCAGCACUUCUUUUACUUGACAUGGAUAUUGCACUUUUGUAAAGCAUCCUGGAACUCUGCUGCCCCACUGCAUGCAGUGCAGAGCGCUGGAUAGGAAACACAGACAAAUGGGUUUCUUUUGGUUUGUUGUUAUUCCUUUUUUUUCUUUUCUUUUUCUUUUUUUUUUUCUUUUUCUUUUUUUACUGGAACCUUGAGCAACUGUGGCAUUUCUGCAGGCUGGUCUGAAUGGAUCUGCUGAAGAACAGAUGGCCUUUGCCUAUUCUUAUGGCUGCGACGUAAUCAGCCUCAUCCAUAUGGUCACAUUUGGUCUGAGGAGUGGACUCUGAAAAGCCAAGAUCUCCCAGACUCUGUGCCUCCCUCUCGGGUGAACAGCAGGUGCUAUCUGGCGAAGACUCAUCUGUUCUAGGUGGCAUUCAUGGUUGAGGGAGUCCAAACUCUUCAAGCUGCAGGAGGUAAAGCUGUAGAGACUUCUCUCUCUUCCAUUGUGUCUCUGGUUUUAAUGUGACAAAUGCCAAGGCCAUAUCGCUUGGUGUGUUCCAGCUGACCUUAUCAGGACAUGACUUGUGUUACUGGUUGCUAGAAAAAAGGGUCCAGAAUUCAGGGGAGAUGAGAUUGGCCUCUGGACACUUCACUGACUGCAAAAUGGAAGGCAGCUUGUCCAGUGGAAGGUGACUGCACUGGUGAAGACACUUCAUGUUACUUUUUCAGAAGCACAAAUGUGGUCAUUGGCUUGUCUGGUUGGCUUGGUUUAUUUCCGCUGCAUCAUCAUGUGUGAAUGACACUUUCUUUUUGAACUGAGAACUCUUCCAAGCACACAAACGUCUCCACAAUGUGAAAUGUAAAUAGCAUGUUGGACUCUUGUGUCCAGUGUUCAAGACUGCAUUGUAACUGUAAAGGAAAUCGAAUCAAGACUUGGCUGUGAAUUUCUUGUGCUGUCUUGGGAAUAUAACUGUAGUGUUUGUAUCCUGUAUGUAUUAUUAAACUGAGUUCAUUUUAUGUGCUGAUAAAAGGGUUCAAGCUAAGAUUUUUAGCGUGCAUCCAUGUAUCCAAAUGUGAAGGAUGGAGUGCUCCCUUCCCCUCCUGUCCUUUUUGAGUUUGCUCCAUUUGAUAGGUGUUGAUUUUCUGUGUACAGUCAUCUCAGCCAAGAUGCAAGGGUGCUCACUGGAGUGCUUUGAGGGGGACACAGUGCAUGGGGUUUUAACUGAUCUUAAGUUUGGAUUUCCCUGAAAAUACUGAGUGUUCACAUGAAAAGUCUGGCCUUUCUGAGAGUAAACUGUUUCUCAGGGGUCUGCUUAACCAUCCCUCAUGAGAGCUCUGGGUGCUGCAGGGUAACAGGAGACAGGAGUGGGUGGAUACCUGUAGGAGCAAGGUACUGGUACCUGUGUGGAUAAACCCAUGCUUCACCUCUGGUCCCACCUUCUCUUCCUUCUAGCAGCAACUGAAAUGUCAUGCUGAGCCCUUUGAAGAAGAGAGAAGUGUCUUGGCUUGAUGAUUCUGCCCACUCCACCUGAUUUUGGGGUAGAUGAGAUGGGUGUGUUUAGAAAGGGAGGGGAAGGGUCUUUGAGGUACUUCCUACCUAGGGACCAAGGAGAAGCCAGGGUCUUCCCCAGCUCAACAAGUCUGCCAGUGUAAAUGAGUGAACAUCUCUGUGUGGGAGGGGAAAGCCCCUCCAGGCAGAUACCAGGAAGUAGAAUGAAUACCUUGAGAGAAGAGAGCAGGCAGGACUUGAUCUGUACCUUUAACCAGGCAGUUUCUUUCAUCACAGCCUACCCCCCUUUUCUAGAAAUUAUUUGUGUGCAUGCUAUGGUUGGCUUCCCUAGCCAUUCCAGGAGGCCCAGCAGAAGCAUGGGAUGUUUUGGGAGCAGUUCCUAGAUGGCUACCAAGUGACCUGUGCUCUUUGGAGAGGGAGGGCAGGAUGUCCUGCUGAGCCACGGUGGUGAGUGUGUUGCCCAGCUGGGAGAGAGAAGGGAUGGGUUACUGGUGGCCUGGAGCUCCCGGGUGCUCACCCAGCCCAUGUGGCUGCAUGCAUGAACAAAGUGGAACAUAAAUUGAUGUACAACCAGAAAGUUCAAAAUAUUCCUAAAGAGGAUUAACUGUAGCAUGAAGCUCUUAGGUGCUCUGCAUAUUUGAUACCAUAUUGCUCCUCACUAUGCAAUUCCCACCUCCUUCCUUCUUGUUCCUCCUCUAAUCUCACCCCAAGACUUCUCCAGUUGUCUCCACCCAGGAGGCCACUGAAGUCCCAGAAAAUCUUCAUUUCUUCAUUGUCCUCUGCAUUGGGUCCAGGUGCCCAGCUGUCACACCCUGUGCCUCAGGUCCCUUGUUAAUGGGAGGCCCCAUGAGUUUUAUUCACAUCAUUCAGAGGGAAGUUUCUUUUCUUGGACACUGUGCACAGAAACCUGAUGUUGAACAUGUACCUGGCCUUUUUGUAACUUUUCUGUUUUUUCUUCUUAACCAUAAUGGUUGUAUAUCAUACCACUUUAUAUACAUAUAUAAUAUAUAAAUAUAUAUAAUUUUUUUUAAAACUUUGGACCUGCUAGUUUCUUUCAAGUGUUCCUGCACUUACCCAAAAUGUUUUUAAAUUGUGAGGGUUAAAGAGGAUUGAGCCCAUUUUUGUAUCUUUACUUUAAUUCUGUAGUUCUAUUGAUUGUAAUGUAGCUAUUUUUUACUGUUAACUUUUUGGUUUGCAAAUACUAAACAAAAAACCUAAAUGUAAUUUCUGUGGUUUCUAUUCAGCUUGGGUUUCAUGUUUUAAAAAUAAACGAUUUAAAACCAC